GUGAGCAGUGUCAGAUUUGCCAGCAAGAUUUCUACUGCAUUAGUCCUUUACAUUUUCUGUACUUGUUGUGCUUUCCCUUCGUUGUCAUAUAUCGUUCAAACCUCUGGAAGUAUCUACCUUUUCUCAAAAAGCAUUUCGUAUUUUCUGCAUCUUUGGCUGAAAAGUUAUCAGUGUCAAGUAUAAUUUGGCCAAGAUUUACUUUUUUUCCUCUUUUUUUUCCCCCCUCGCUCUUUUUUGGACUUGAUCGUAUUGCAGGAAGUCACUUGCGUCCUGCCCAUCAGUGACUUCUCUGUAUAUUAUGGUCAAAUUGCUGUGAUACAAUCUGAGAGCCAGUUCCUCCCGAGGCAGGCAGCAUGUCAAACUGGCGCUGGACUGAAAACUUUGCAUUUUUGGUGGCUCUGCACAUUGUCUUACUACUAACUGGCAUAACAUUAGCCAAUCCACCUGAAGGGGAUCGACUCGAUGGCGCGAAGCAGCGACACACGUCCAGAAAACUGGAAAACGUUGCGACUACGGUGCCUUUCCUGCUGCAGGAUGGAAAACUCAGACCACUCAGCCAUCUCCAGUCUAUGAGUCACCCGCCGUCAUUGAAGUUACUGAUUGAAGCUGAGGGUGAGCAGCUGCUCCUCGCCCUGGAAAAAAACGAGGGGCUGUUUGCAAGUCAUUAUACUGAAACACAUUACCUAGAGGAUGGAAGUGCUAUCACUGGAACUCAGAACCUCACGGUAAACUGCUAUUAUCAUGGCAAGGUCCAGGGGCAUCCCGAUUCUGAGGUCAGCCUUAGUACCUGCACUGGUUUAAGAGGAUUUGUGUCAUUCAAAAGCAAAACCUUCAUCCUGGAGCCCGCGUUCGACCCAGACAACGCAACGCACCUGAUUUAUAGGGGGGAAGAGGUUUACAUUCCCGCUGGUACUUGUGGUCAUGGAUUCAAUAUAUCUGCUUUUGUCCCAGACAAGAAAGGAGGCUCUUCUGCCAGGAACAAAAGACACACUCAGAAGACCACAAAGUACGUGGAGCUGAUCAUCGUGGCUGACAACAGAGAGUUUCAGAAACAAGGGAAGGACAUGGAGAAAGUGAAACAGAGGCUAGCUGAGAUCGCUAAUUAUGUGGACAAGUUCUACAGGGCCCUGAACAUCCGUGUGGCCCUUGUGGGCCUGGAAGUAUGGAGUGACACGGACAAGUGCGCCAUCUCACAGGACCCUUUCACCACGCUGCAUGAAUUCCUUGACUGGAGGAAGCUGAAGCUGCUGCCUCAGAGACCUCACGACAAUGCGCAGCUUGUCAGUGGAGUCUACUUUCAAGGCACCACCAUUGGCAUGGCGCCCAUAAUGAGCAUGUGCACAGCAGAGCAGUCAGGCGGCAUCGUCAUGGAUCAUUCGGACAAUCCUCUCGGGGCUGCGGUUACCCUGGCACAUGAGCUUGGACACAAUUUUGGAAUGAACCACGACACGCCAGAGAGGGGGUGCGGCUGCCGCAUGACAGUAGAUCGAGGCGGCUGCAUCAUGACCCCGUCCACAGGGUACCCGUUUCCCACGGUGUUCAGCAGUUGCAGUAAGAAAGAUCUGGCAGCCAGCCUGGAAAAGGGAAUGGGCAUGUGUCUGUUCAACAUGCCCGAGGUCAAGGUGCUCUACGGGGGGCAGAAGUGCGGCAACGGCUACGUGGAGGAGGGCGAGGAGUGCGACUGCGGCGAGCUGGAGGAGUGCAUAAACCCCUGCUGCAAUGCCACGACCUGCACGCUGAAGGCCGACGCUGUCUGUGCACACGGACAGUGCUGUGAGGAUUGCAAGCUGAAGCCAGCAGGAACGUCGUGCAGGGAGUCCAGCAACGCCUGCGACCUGCCCGAGUUCUGCACGGGUGCCGCUUCUCACUGCCCCGCCAACGUGUACCUGCAUGACGGCCACUCCUGCUACGGCGUGGACGGUUUCUGCUACAACGGGGUCUGCCAGACCCACGAGCAACAGUGCAUCACGCUGUGGGGCCCGGGAGCAAAGCCGGCACCCGGGAUUUGCUUUGAGAGAGUUAACUCUGCUGGGGAUCCGUAUGGAAACUGCGGAAAAGACGGCAAGGGGUCGUUCGCUAAAUGUGACGCGCGAGAUGCUAAGUGUGGAAAAAUUCAGUGCCAGGGAGGAGCCAAACGGCCCGUCAUCGGCACAAAUGCGGUCUCCAUCGAAACGAACAUCCCGCUGCAGGAGGGCGGGCGCAUACUGUGUCGAGGGACACAUGUCUACCUAGGGGAUGACAUGCCUGAUCCAGGGCUCGUCCUUACGGGAACCAAAUGUGGCGAUGGCAUGAUGUGCCUGAACCGGCGAUGCCAGAACAUUAGUGUGUUUGGGGUGCAUGAGUGCUCAAGGAAGUGCAACAGCCGUGGGGUAAGUGUGUCUGUAAUGUCUCAGGUGGUUGGGGACAUUGUUGGAGUAGAUUGCCUUUUCUACACUCCAUUAGUUUGUGACACUACACUAUAUUUUACUUCCACUCCAAAUACUCCACUGCCUACCAGCCUCAUCUCAGCUCUUCGCCGGUGUCAGGUAUGCAACAACAAGAAGAACUGCCACUGUGAGAUGAACUGGGAGCCGCCCUUCUGUAACAGAUCAGGUUUUGGGGGAAGCGUGGACAGUGGACCCAUGAGGUUGACAGCUGAUGCCAAUGGGAUGACAGCGGCUGUGGUGGUGACAGUACUGAGCCUCGUGGCUCUUGGGCUUGUUGCGUACCUCAAACGAAAAACUCUCCUCGGGCUGCUACUCACUAACAAGAAGACAGCCAUUGAAAAGUUAAGGUCUGUGGAUCCAAACCGACCCCCCAAUCCACAUCACUUGCGUUCCACAUGCAGGUCCUCUCCUCCUCAAACCCCCCCAGCCAAGCUGCCAAGCGCCAGUAUAUAUAAGCUGGCUCACCUGUGUUCCCAGUCUCAGCUUUCGGGGCAGAACUUGCACACCCCCAGCUUGCGCAGGCUACCCCAGUGCCAGCCAAUCCACAUCAGCGGCCCCUUGUCCCUGGGCACCGGACGCACGCAGCCCCCCACCCCUCAAAAGACCCCCGCUCGCCAUGCUGACCUGCCACAGAGGGGUGCAGCGUUCCACAGCCUCCCACGCCAGCCCCCCUUCAGGGACAACUGGGAAAGUGAGAAACCCAGCCCUCCACAGAAGCCCCUCCCUGCAGACCCCCUAGGGAGGACCCCUCGCCUUGGACGUGGCACUUCAGCCAAAUGUGGCCGCGUCCCCUUGCCCGUCCCUGUCCCCAGUGUCCCCAGACCUGUGCCUCCUGUCCCACAGCCUGUCAGGCCUGCGCCCAAACAAAUUCCCAAGCCUCACAUCACCGCAGACAGGAAGUAGAGGAGCAAAGCGCAGGAUGCCAGUCUAAAGAUGAAGACCCUCAUUUGCACUAUGGAACCCUUUGCACCCCCAGACUUGGGCAUCUCUUGUGUUUAGAAGAUAAGGACUGAGCGUACACCUUGGUGCUCUGCCUCAGAAAGGUGCUGUGAGUCCUUGCUCAGGUGCUUGUAAAUUAUUUAUAUGCUGUAUUUAUUAGUGAUGGCCAAAUGAAACUUCCUGAACCAUUUGUUGUAUUUUCUGACCCCACUAGAUGGCGCUCUCUGUUCAAAAAUUCAGGCAAAAGCGUGCCUCCAAAGUAAACCAAGAGCACCAUCUAGUGGAGUCAAAAAAUACAGCACAUGGUUCAUGCUUCAUUCGGCCACCACUAGUAUUUAUUACCAUAUGGUGCACUGUGGUAGACACUUUGAACAAUAGCAUUUAAGGGUUUGUUUUUUUUUGCUUUUGGUUUUUGGUUUGGUUUGUGAUUUUAUUUCAUAAUUUUAUUUUUCUGCAAGAGAAAACCAGGAGACUUUUCUUCUGCACCGUAAUGACAACAUUCCACUUUUCUUGAAUUCCGGAGUGGUUUUGAAGGCAGAGAAAAAAAUGUGUAUUUUCUAACCUGUGAAGUGUUGAAGAUUUAAAAGGAUUUAUGUGUAUGGAUGUCAUGUGGAAACUGGAAUGUAAGCACAUAAAAGGUGUAUAAAAGUUAUGGAAGUAUAUUGAAUUUAAUUCACAGCACUGACAUGAACUCAUUUUAGAUUUUUUUUCUCCGUCUGCAUUUCCUCGGAUUGUAUGAGCCAAGAGAAUUCUUCUUCAGUCACUUUCUGGUCCAUAAUGUAAACAUUGUACUUUUGCCUUCUCGAGCAUGUGAGGUUCUCUUCAAUUUACGCAGAAUAAACAAAGGACACAAAAAUAUGAGGGUUGGGAUGUACCCAACUGUAAUCCGACAGUUUCCUAGAAAACAACAGAGCACUUAAAAAGUUUACAUCAGACUUAAAACAAUAAAUUUUCGGUCUGUGUACCUCCUAACCCAAUUUAUUGUAAACCCAGCGCUGAUCAAUAUCCAUGUGCGAGGUGGGAGGUAAAAGGAAUAUUUACACAGUGGAGUUCACACUGCCACCUGGUGUUCACAGGGUACAGGAAGGAGGCAGCACAGGAGAGCUGAGUCAGCUUAUUCAAAUACAUUUCACAUCUCAGGCAACAUGGAUUUAAUCUUUAAGUUUAUUGCGGAGGAACUAUUAUGACGGUUGAAAUCCGUGUAUAACAAGUUUUACCCACCGAAUGUCAAAAAAAUUGUCAAACAGGCAAGAAAAACCGGGCAAACAAAAUUCCAGCCUCUAAACAAGAGCACAGGGAGUUAGUUCAUUGAGCAUCCAGCUACUCAGGAAGUAUCACAUGAACAUAUGAUUAUUUUUAGUGACUGAAUAUCCAUUUACCAUCAUAUAGCAGGAACAUUAUACCGCAGACUCUCAGUCCAGCCAAAGAUAUGAAGAUCACCAAGGCCAGAGGGCCAUACGCAGACCUUGAACUGAAGAAUACACUCAAAGUGGUUAUGUGCUACAGAUGAGAAUUAUGAGACGCAUCUUAAUUCAUUCUAAUUUGUCUUAUGGUAUAAUUCAUUUACAUAAUGCAAAAAUGUCUGUUGGGACGGUCACCCCAUAAAGGAAAAUACAAAUGAGCAAAUGAAAUAAUCAAACACACAGUGAUAACAUUAUAUAGAAUAUAUAAGGCUUACAUAAGAGUCUGAUCAUAUGUGAUUUGCUUUAAGAACUAUAAUCCCAGGUCCUUGAACAUAACUGGAUCGGUCUGAGUUGGGGACCUAAUAAUCCCUGCUUGGCAACGUUUGCCUCCAGACUCCAGCCCCCUCCCCCACCAACCCAAAUAAGCGCUAGAAGGAGAAACAGUGACACUAACAAGGUAAUGCACCUUAGGCAUGCAUAGGCACAGGGGGUGUUCCCCCAAAUAUUCAACUUGGCUUCCUUCACCCCCCACCCCAGUAAACAGGCUUUUUUUAUUUAAAUUAUUGUGUCCCCCGCCCAGUCUCAAACUCUCUCCUAUGUUACUGCACCAGCAAAUACUACGGGGAAAAAAACAGGAGCUGCAAAGGUGACUUUUUUGCACAUUAAAAAAAAAUCUGUAACACUUUACAGACUUUAUCCUUUUAACAAAUGCCAUUAGCAUCUUUUAAACUUGCGUUGUACUGUUAUGUUCCCUGUUUUACAUCGUGUUGAGUUCAGGCUCUGUUUGUUUUGGGAUUAAAGGCUAAGAUAAAUAACUGUGAAAAUGUAUUUGCACAUUCUGCUAGCCUGAAACCUAGAAACUGCACGGAGGCUUUAAGUCAUUUUCAGGCUGUAUUUAAUACUGAUACCCUGGCACUUGUAGUGAAGAAUUUUACACAGCAGGCAGUUGCCCUUUUAUACAGGGACAGGUUAUCUCAGUGAAGCAAUUUGGACUUGAUGCAGUACAAUUCUCCAUACUUUAUAAUAAAUGAGCAGUACAUUUCACCAGCUAUCAAGUACAUCCAUCCAUCCAUCCAUUUUCCAAACUGCCUAUCAAGUACACAUUUAGUAAAAUGUAUCAUUAAAAAAGUUCUUACUGUAUAUGUUGCUUCAUGGUGCUUCAAAAUCCUACUGGAUUAUAUACAGAAUCAUAUUUAUUUUUACUCAUUUGCAGCCGUCUGAACUUGAAACAACCUGUGCUGUGUUUAAUCAUGCCUUUUGAAACGUGAUUUUUUUUUUUUUUUUAUGAUUGUCAUCGUGCACAAAGUUGUGUUGUGCAGUGUGCAGGUUUCACGGACUUUUCUCAGGCUUCCUGGUUCAGCGUUUAGCUGGAUGUGGUCACAGCUGUGUUGUUGCAUUUUUCAAUAGCCUCAGAGAGGGAUCAGUUUGCUAGAAUCAGCGCUGGACAAAUUUUCCAGUUCCGUACUUCAGCAGAAAUCAUGAUUUUGUGUAAUUACAUUAUACAUUGCAAAAUCAGAUAUUAUGCAUUGCAUUUUUCUUUGUCGGACACAAUAUAUGAAUUAUUUUUAACUACAGGAAACAGUUUUAAAAUAAUAAACAGAUCAUUUCUCCCCCCCAAAAAACGAUUAUGAUGUAGGGCAGGGGCCACCAACCUUUUUGAAACUGAGAGCUACUUCACGGGUACUGAGCCAUACGAAGGGCUACCAGUUUGAAAUACCCUCCUAAACUUAUCUAAACUUCAUGUAUAAUAAACGUGUUUUAAAUGCUUUUACAUAUAUUGUCAAUUUCAAAUCUAUAUAAAUGCAAAUGUGAUUAAAGAAUAGCAACAGGAUAAGAUUAAAUUUUAGAUGCUGCUCACUGGUGAAUUGUGCUGUUUUAGAACAGGUCCGCGGGCGACUCCUGUGGUCUUUGGGUGCAUCCUGGUGCCCGUGGUGACCCCCGUGGAGACCCCUGAUGUAGACUAUAACUGUCCUGGUUUAUACACAAACAAAAGCAGAAAAAAAUAUUGCUGCUCUUUUAAAUUGAACACCAUCAUUUUCUGUUAUGAGAAAGAUUUUAAGAAUGCUUAUAUUGUUCGUAUUUUUCUACCGCCAAAACAGCGUAGUCUGUUCCAAAAGCGUUCAAAGUACAGCACUUGGUGAAUGACGCUCGUGGAAAAAAAGCCCUGUCCAUACAGUUUGUGCACUUACACUGCCCUCUAGUGGCAACAGACGCCUAUUCCGCUGAUUUCCUUUUGCGGAGGGUCAUUUUUUUUCUGUAUUAGAGAAGUAAUGGUUAUCGCUGCAUUUAUUAUGCUGUGUGUUGCUUUUCUUUAUGUCGUUUCUUUCAUUUAAUCAAGUCGAAUCGGGUUUUCUUUACUUACGUCUGUUUACUAAAAAAAAAGUCAAGAAUGUACUUUCAUGUACAUAAUCUAUCCCUUUUCUGUGUUUAUAUUGCUAAAUAUCCUCAUGUAAAAUUGUACCUGGUGAAUGUAUAACUAUUUGUUCAGUAAACAUUCAACAAAACCUAAAGUCAAAUAUGUGGCGAAACAUGUAUUUUAAGUGCAUUAUAUAUACAGCAGUUACAGAUCGCUUAUCGCCCAACAAACAAAGAAAUGCGUAAAACAAAAUAAAGUUGUUUUAAAAGCU